AUGUCCUCCUCCCUCCUCAACACCUUCUCCUUUCUCCGGCCCCAACUCUCCUUCCAAGACCACACUCUUCGUCUCCCCGACGAAUGCCUCACCCUCAUUUUCCAACUCUUAACUACCAAAGACCGAAACAACUCUUCGAUCGUCUCCCGCCGUUGGUACACCAUUGAUCGCCAAUCUCGAUAUACUCUCUCAAUCUCCGGCUUAGCCACUCUCCGCGACACAGCCUCGUCCAUCUUCUCCCGCUUCGACUCCGUCACCAAGCUCUCUCUCCAUUUCAACCGCUCUUCCCAAUGUCUUAGCAUUGGCGAUGAUGGAAUUGCCCUGGUCGCCCUUCAUUGCUCUUUGCUCUCCGAUUUAGAACUCCGCAGCUGCCACCUCAUCACCGACGCCGGUAUUCAAACCAUCUCAAAACACUGCCCUAAACUCAAACGUAUCUCCUUCCAUUCAUGCAACUUUGGACCUCAAGGCAUCAAUUCCAUCAUCCAACAUUGCACUCUUCUUCAAGACCUCUCACUUAGCAAAUUCUCAAGGUUCUCUUCCACAAUCAAUGGCUCCAAAUCUCUUAAAAUUAUUAGCUUAAGGUAUUUAUAUGGUGGUCGGGCACUCCUCCCUCUCAUUUCUCAAUCACAAAACCUACAAAGCUUAAGAAUCAUCAACUGUUCUGGGACUUGGGACAAACACUUAGAAGAAGCAUCCAUGCAUGCAACUAAAAUCAUGGACAUGCUUCUUGAAGCCAUUGAUGUGAGUGAUAAAGGUUUAAGAGCACUAUCAAUGCAGCUGAAUCUAGAAACACUUUGGUUAGCCGAUACUCACCGGUGUACCGACGAAGGGGUUAUAUCGGUGAUUGAAAAGUGCAAGAAGCUUAAGGAGAUAGGUAUACGUAAGUUGAAGAAAGUGGGGGAGAAGAGUGUGAUUGCCAUUGCUAGGAAGUGUGUGAACCUUAAGCUUUUGGCGUUGGCUAGAAUUGCAGUGACAGGGAGGAGUUUGGUGCUUGUGGCUCAGAGUUGUUGUAGUUUGGAGAGUCUUUUGAUAAAUGGAGGGAAAAGAAUUGGAGAUGGAGAGAUGAUGUGUGUUUUGGAAAAGUGUUUGGUUUUGAGGUGGUUAUUUAUAAGAGGGUGUCCUAUAAGUGAUGUGUUAUUGGAGGCCAUUGGAAAGGGGUGUCCUAAACUUGAGAAGCUUGAGAUAAGGAAGUGUGCUAUGGUUACAAGGAAGGGAGUGGAGGAAUUGAGAGGGGAGAGGAGAAGGAUGUCCAUUGAUUAUGUGGGGAUUGAUGAGAGGGAUGAUGAGAAGGUGGAUAAUGAGGAGAUACAAGGAGAGAGGGAUGUGGAAAUACAAGAGGAGGAAUGGGGAGGGUCAAGGUUGUGGUUGUGUUUGGUUGCUAUUUGGAGUUUCUUUGUUUUUAUUUUGAGGAAGUUGCUUAAUAGGUGA